CAAUUGCCGAACAGUCCAUCAGCUGAGGUCCGCCACGCACCGCGGGGGAAAGGCCUCUGGGCUCGUCCAGCGAUACGUAUCGCCAUGGCGGGUGCGACGCAGCAUAUAAUGAUCCGUGGUCGCCAGCUCAAGUCGCCCCUUUCCUGAUUCCUCCCACUUGGCCAAUUUAAUUUUGUACGCGUCGGGUAUAGUUCGUGAUCUUCACCAUGUCGACUGCAGACCUCGAAAAGCCUCCCAGCGUGGAGCGAAUCGAAGACAUUGGCAAACCCGCAACCAAUGAUGUGGACUAUGAUGAGGAAUUCACGCCUGCCGAGCAGCGCAAGAUCAUCCAUCGUGUUGACCGCCGCUUGGUGACCAUGGCGGGUCUGGCAUACUGCAUUUCUCUCAUGGACAGGACAAAUCUUAGCAUGGCUGCAGUUGCAGGUAUGACCCACGAUCUUCAGCUUGGAGUCGGGACUCGCUAUUCCGUCGUGAUCCUUGUUUUCUUCAUACCCUACGUGCUCUUCCAACCCCCGAUGACGGUCAUUAUUCGAAAGGUGGGCCCCACGUUGUUUCUGGGCUGCCUCGUCAUAUCGUGGGGAGCAAUACUCGUUGGAAUGGGGUUUGUCAAAAAUUGGAAACAAAUGGUCGCGAUCCGCGUUCUCCUUGGCGCACUGGAAGCAGGCUACUUUCCUGGUUGCGUGUACCUUCUGUCAAGUUGGUACGUCCGGUAUGACAUCCAAAAGCGAUACUCGGUCUUCUACCUGAUCGGCUGUGUAGCAUCUGCGUUGGCUGGUAUACUCGCCUUUGGGCUCAUGCAGAUGGGAGGCCUUCAGGGCCUGGCGGGUUGGAGAUGGAUCUUCAUCAUGGAGGGCGUGAUCACCGGUGUCAUCGGAGUUCUGACCUUUAUCUUCAUGGUUGACUUUCCGGAGAAAGCACACAAAUCCUGGAAAUUCCUGAGCGAGAGGGAAAGUGCGUUCAUUGUUCGACGCAUCAACCGAGAUCGUGCUGAUGGUAACGGGGAGCCAUUCAAUCUGAAGCGCUUUGUGACUCCAGCCCUUGACCUGAAGAUCUGGGCAUAUGCAUUGAUUUGCUUAUGCACCACAACCGUGGCAUAUGCGAUCGCGUACUUUCUCCCCAUCAUCCUGCAGGAUGGCAUGGGCUUUAGCACUGGGGCUGCUCAAUGUUUGGUGGCGCCCCCUUAUGGGUUCGCGGGCAUUUUUAUGUAUGCGACCGCGUGGGUGAGUGAUCGGUAUCGGAUCCGUGGUCCGAUUGUGGCCUUCAACUCGUUGGUUUGCAUCGCCGGGCUGCCCCUGAUGGGGUUUGCCAAGGGCAAUGCUGUGCGAUACGUGGGCGUGUUUCUGGUGGUGGCGGGGUCAAAUGGAAAUAUCCCCGCGGUGAUGGCGUAUCAAGCUAACAACAUCCGUGGCCAAUGGACGCGUGCUUUCUGCAGCGCCACGCUGAUUGGCAUUGGCGCCAUUGGUGGCAUCGUGAGCAGUUUGGUGUUCCAGACCAAGGAUGCGCCGGAAUACCGACCGGGCAUAUGGACGACGAUUGCAUGCAACCUCUUCACUUUACUCACCGUAGCGGUUCUGAGCGCGUGGUUCCGCUAUGCGAACAAGCAAGCCGAUCGUGGAGAGCGCGUGCUUGAGGGGUCCCCGGAUUUCCGGUAUACUAUCUAGUUAAGGUCGUG